AUGAAGGAUUAUACAAUUGUCGUUUUAGGAUGCGGAGUGAUGGGAUCUGCAAUCACUUCUGCAAUUUUAAAGUCUAAAUUUGAGCCAUAUCCAAAGAAGAUGAUUCUCUGCACUGCGGAGCCAGAAGCUUUAUCUAAAGCAUUUAAAGGUGAACCCAUUAUUGAAUUGGCAUCAGGUGUGGAGGAGAACCGCAAGGCAGUAAAACAAGCUGAUGUCAUCAUUUUAGGCCUUAAACCAUUCAUGUACGAAGAAGUAUACGAACAGGUGAAAGAUUCGCUUACGGGUGAUCAGCUUAUCAUUUCAUUGAUGGCAGGUGUUACCAUGAAAGACUUGUCGAUUUUCUCCAAACAUGUGGCCAAGGUGAUGACAAACACCCCAGCUAGAUAUGGUUGUGGAACAGCUGCGAUCUCGUUUGCACCUGAUGUGACCAAGGAGCAACAAGAGCUUGUAAGAAAAUUAAUUGAACCAAUUGGCUUAACUGUUACGAUUCCAGAAAAGAAUAUGGACAUAGCUACUUCGUUGAUUGGAUCGGGUCCCGCUUUUUGUUUAUUGAUGAUGGAAUCAAUGAUUGAUGGAGCAGUAAGAAUGGGAAUGCCAUAUGAUGUUGCCAGGAUCUCUGCAGCCAAGGUGAUGGAAGGUACCGCAAAAAUGUUAAUUGAGACUGGUGAACAUCCAGCUGCAUUGAAGAGCAAAAUUUGCACUCCUGGGGGAACAACGAUCGGGGGUAUAUUGAAGAUGGAGGAUGGUGCAUUAAGAAGCUCCAUUGCAAGAGGAAUUGAAGAAGCCGCAAAUAUCUCAGCCUCCUUUGCCAAAAAGUAG